GGUGUCCGGCCCUGCCCGGAGAGGCGGGGCCCUCGCAAACAUGGCGUCUGAAAGGCUGACCCUCCCUUCACAGGGCGGCGGGCUAGAGGCGCUGGCGCUGGGGCCCCUCACAAACAUGGCGGCAGUGUGGAGGUUUGCCCCUCACAAACAUGGCAGCUCGGGGUUUCUUCCCCCGACAGCAUGUUCGUACGUGGCCCAGAGCAGGAAGGGGGUUGCGCGCAUGCGCAGUCGGGACAAAACGGUGGAAGAUGGAUUGAUGGCCUGGAGGAGAAGCUGUCCCUCUGCAGAGAAAGCAUGGAGGAGAUGGACCUUAAGCUGCGCAGAGAGGAGCUCAGUCCUGAAGGAAGAGAAAGAACUGAAAGUGCUCCGUAAGGAAAAUCGCAAGAACACAGCCCUUGCAGUGGCUGUGGUACUGCUGAUUGCAGUUAUUUACACCUGCUGGACAAUGUAAUCAUGGUCCAGAUCUCGCACUACUGACCACAGGACUCCACUGUAAAGAUCUCUUCCUUCUCUCACCGAUGUGCCUCCCAAUCAGGAGAGUGGUCAUCUCUUCAGCCAUUAAUCAUUGGCAAUCCUUGUCUUUGCUGGGGACCUUGAAGGCAAAAGGAAGCUACAGCCAUAGCACAAGCUGGUUUGGAGAGCAGAUCAACAUUUGGCUGGAGCCAUCUCCUCCCUGCACAUGUGACUGUCCUGGGGCUCCCACAGCACAGAGAAUGUAAUUAAGUGUAAGGGUUGAAUGACCCCCUUCCCUUUGUCCUAGUGGGCCCUCUCUGUUCUUUGCUGUGCAGUACAAUGGGCUCAACAGUGAAAAUUUCAAGCUCCAAAACAAUCAGAAUCUGGGAAAACUUCUGUUACUGUACCUCAACUCUGACCUGAAGGGACCAACCUCUAGGGCUCAAAGGAGAUUUCAGCCAUUGUGCCUCUCUGCUGUGACUGCCAAAACCUUCCAUGUGUAUUAUUACCAGUUACAGGGCACACUUCAAAAAAUAGUCCCACUAAACCUGUAUGGGACCAGUGGAGUCGCUGCCUGAAAAUGAGGUCUUUGGGAUGAUCUGUUUUCUUGCCACUUGGCCCAAUUAACUAAGAGGGCAGGAAGACAAUAGUUCUUCCUAAGCCCUGGGUGUUGGGGUGUACCUAUGUGCACCCUCCCCCAGAGGCAGGGCCCAGUAGCAAAGGAACUGCAGGCUCCUAGGGAUAGUUUUAAGACAUAAAGGCUGUGUCUAGACUGGCAAGUUUUUCUGCAAAAGCAGCUGCCUUUGUGGAAAAACUUUCCAGCUGUCUACAGUGGCCGCUUGAAUUUCCGCAAGAACACUGAUGAUCUCAUGUAAGAUUGUCAGUGUUCUUGCGCAAAUGCAUAUGCCCUCUUGCGCAAAUGCUUUUGCUCAAGAGGGCCAGUGUAGACAACGCGGUAUUGUUUUGCGCAAAACCGCGCCUAGAUUGGCACGGACGCUUUUCCACAAAAACCGCUUUUGCAGAAAAGCAUCUGUGCCAGUCUAGAUGCUCUUUUCCACAAAUGCUUUUAACGGAAAAACUUUUUUGUUAAAAGCAUUUGCGGAAAAUCAUGCCAGUCUAGACGUAGCCAAAGGAUCGAAGUGUAUUGUUUCUUAAAUAAAGUUAUUUAAACAUAGGAAAGAGCACACGCAGCUGCUGGGGGCCUUCCUGCAGCUGGAAAUCCGACCAGAGGAGUUGUGGAAGGAGUGAAGGCAGGUAGUUCGGAUGAGGCCCUUCAUUCAAGGAUGUGUUGGCCUGGCUGUAACACUAUGGCUUCAGAAUGCACCGUUACAACACUGCAGGAACAUUCUAGCCAUCAAAGCAGAACCCUACUGACUUUGCUGAAAAUCAAAAACAAAAAGGGGAAAUGGCCCUUGGCAUCUGGUUAGCAGAGCUUCAACCACCUGUAAGUGCCUAUGGAUCCAAGAACUUUUGGUUGGUGACAGCUGUUAACAUACCAGCAUAGCAAUAGCCUUCAUUUUAGCUCUGCCCAACCUUUCAAUUCAAUUUUAAAGCAGCCUGAAAGAGACAGCAAAUGGGAGAGGGGAGGAGAGACAUAGGGUGAUGGAGGGAGAAGGGGCACAGACAGUAAAGGGUAGUAAUAGCUGGAUUACAGCCAGUAUCAUUGGAGGGGGGUAAGAGAGUGGCUUGUACCCUCUCUUGGUAACUUGUGGGGUAGCAUGGAUGGGAUAUUAAGUAGGGAUGUCAACAUGUAGACCACUACACAAUUAACCAAUAAGUCUGGGCUUAUUUAAAUCUUGUCAACUACCCAUAUAUCAGGGGCAGUGGGAGCCAGUGGCCCUUAGGAGCUGGUUCGCCACAAGCACUGGAUCUGCCUGCUUGCUUACUCUCCCUCCCCUCCCCUCCCCCCCAAUAAA